AUGAAGUUGAAUGUGUUGUUGUGGGUCGUGGUUCUGCUCGGUUCCUUCCUCCCUCGCUGUGCUGACGGCCGACCCACUGACGGUUCUGCUGGUCGCCUCCACGGACCAUUGCUCCUCCUGGGGGAGGAGUUCUCCCUGUGGCUGGGAGCAGCUCCGAGGUUCCUUAGUUCUUCAGCAGGGAACCGGGUUCUGCUGCAGGCGGAGCAGAAGGUCAGGAGGUCCGACGAGCCGCCCAUCUCUCUGGACCUGACGUUCCACCUGCUGCGGGAGGUUCUGGAGAUGGCCCGGGCCGAGCAGAUGGCCCAGCAGGCCGACAGCAACCGUAAGAUGAUGGACACCUUCGGGAAGUGA